AUGAUGAGCCAGCCCACCAUUGCCGCCAUAAGUUCUCCAGUCGGCAGCAGUAGCGAAAGAACAGCAGGAACGGAAGCGUUAACGCUGUGUUCGUUGCCGCUGGGUUUUGCGUUCCGCCCGACGGACGUUGAACUGGUGAUCGGCUACCUCUUGCGUAAGGUUAAUGGCUUACCCUUACCUGCCAAUAUAAUCUCCGAGAUGGACGUCUACCAAUUCGAGCCGUGGGACCUCACCUCCUUCUCCCGCCUCAGAACUUGCGAUUCCGAGUUGUACUUCUUCUGCCCCCUCUACGGGAAGUGCGGCUCCCGUAUCAAACGCAAAACCCCCCGCGGCUACUGGAGGCCCAUUGACGGUCGCCAAGCUGUGGUUUGUGAAUCCAACAUAGUCGGCUUCAAACAGACCCUCAUCUACCAUAUCAGAGAUCAAAAGAGUACCAACAAGAGUACCAGGAACCCUACCAACUGGGUCAUGAAGGAGUACCGGCUCAAAGAAAAUGCGCAAUUCGGUGUCACUAAGGUAAUGGCGUAUAAUGACCAAUAUUCUUCUCACUACCUUUACCAAUUUGAUAUGCUCGAUAUUGAUGAACAAUGA